GAAGCUUAUCUUGUCCUCAAACUUAUCCGCAAUGACCGAAAUCAAUCCGCUCGAUGUACUAGCAAUAAAGAACGUGGUAUCACGUUACUGCCAAGCGCUGGACUCGAAAGACUUUGAAAUGUUAGGCGAAGUGUUCUUACCAGACGUUCAAGCAAACUAUCCUUUCAACAACAAUAUGAAAAGUGUAAACGAGGUGAAGAAUGCUAUCAAGAAUCGUCUUGGACCAGUCCGCACACAUCAUAGCCUUACAACGCAAACCAUCACUUUUAGGCCUGAUGCGCGCACGGCGCAAGUGGAGACAUAUUUCCAAGGAGUCCAUUUUGGACAGGGUCCACAUGAGGGCAAGAUGCUGUGCGCGUACGGCAAGUAUAUUGACAAUGUGGUGCUGCUGAAAGCAGAAAACGACGAUUGCGAGGGUGUGCGUGGUGCAAGCGGAAUUUGGAGAAUCACGAAAAGGACGGUGACCUUUACCCAGAGGAUUGGCGAUGAGAAAAUUAUGCAGGAGCAUUGAUAUUCAUGAUCGUAUAGUCUUCUGUUUUCGAAAGGAAGAGCCAUCAUCGAGGCCCUCUUGCCUUGGUAUCCUGCAAGUGAAGUAACAGUGCGCCUUGUCUCUGGUUCUUUCCAUUUGCAAGCAACUUCUGAUAACCACACAGAAUAC